AUGAACUUUCAAUCUCUUCCAUCACCCCUUCCGCGGCUCAAACCUACACAACCGCCCGACGUCGUUGCACCUGGGCGAGCGCAUUUAUGCGGGUGUCGGUGUGUCGACUCGUGCUCUUGUGCUUGUGCAUGUGCCUCCCGCGAACAUUGUUCGUGUCGAGUUCCUUGUGGCGGCGAGUGCGGUAGAGGCUCCCGAAAUCUUGUGGUUUCCCUCGACAGCGUGUCCAAAGCGGCCAAAAAAGAGAAUUCAACGGUUCUGGAACUGCAUACGCAGAUAUUAGUAGAGCCCAACGACAACCAGCUCGCUUAUUACGACUCUGGUGUUGGCCAUGGUCCGUCGCUCAUGAAGGAUGUGCUCUUCGCUUGGCGCCACAGAAAGACUAUCAUGAAUGCAUACCGCUGGCUGUGUGAGCAUUAUCGCAAGGGAGACCGGAUAUAUUUGUUUGGUUUUUCGCAUGGCGCAUACACCGUUCAAACCCUUGCUUCAAUGAUUGAUAUGGUCGGCUUGGUCGAUAUGGGAAACCAGCGCUUCAUGAAAAGUGCAUACGACAUAUUCAAUCGAGCUCGAGAUGGCCGAGGAGACGUCAAAGCAGCAGCAAAAUUUCGAUCAACAUUUGCGCGCAAAGUUCAAGUGCAUUUUGUCGGGGUUUGGGAAACUUCCCAGCCCACGAUUGUCUUCGGCCAAUGCCCGAAACCUUCAAUGAAGUUGGCCGAACGUGUAUGCAUAUUUCGACAGGCGCUUGCGUUGGACGAGGUUGGAGUAAAGUGCUCCUCGGUGAUCACCCAGUCGCCAAACACUGCUCCGUUGUCAGCCCCGGUCGACAAAGGCGACACUGGAAGCGUGGAGACUAAAAUAGGCUCGGAGGCAAGGAAUUCCCCCACUCCCGGAUCAAGAGUUCCUCGCAGGAGAGCUUCAUCGUUGGCCUCCUCUCGUAUGUCACGAACUGGCUCGACGGCGACGGAUGUGAGAGAGGUCUGGUUCGCAGGAAGCCACAAAGAAAUGGGCGCUGGACUGAAACCAGAUGCUGCAUCCAACUUAUCGUCAGUUCCGUUGUCUUGGAUGGAGAAUGAGGCGACGUCUGCAGGUCUCCGCCUUCGCUCUCGAUUACGUGAUUUUAAAUCACAGUGGGAUGCGUUACAAGAAGAAAAGCAUCCUUUCAGCUCUCUGCGUCGGAUGCUCCAGCCACGCAAGAGGCGAAAGCUACGUGCUCAGCCAAGGACGAUUUACACUGGACAGCUGUUACACGCUUCUAUAGCAUUUCAGAACAAAGACUAUCGACCGCAAGCAGUGUUGGAUGAAACCAUUGCUCCGAUCGACUGGGAGCUACUUGUUGGACAGCAUCCACUCAGCUCGCCAGGCUCUUUCCAAUGGGCCCUCACCUUUGGCGAUCGACUAGACUUCAGCUUUUUCGACAGGCGUGCGAUUCUUCAGGCCAUGCAAGACCUCAGCUACCUUUGGAAAAGCAAGCCCAGUAAACGAGCUGGCAACGAAGACCGAGCGUCGUUUUUAAUUGAACGAUUAUCAUUCAUGGCACUUUCCGGCCACUUGUGCGAGACAUACCUUACUCUGCAGUCUCCGAUCUGGAAUGACGACCGAGAAACAGAGCUGGAACUCGCGGUCAAGUUCUUCCAACGAUUAGCGGACAACCAACCGGCAGUAUUCAUCGGAGAUCUUGCGGAAAUCCUGGAAACCCAAUGCCGCUUUGUCAUCUCUCAGAACCGGAAGGCAAAUCGCCAUAUCGAUGUCGAGAGGCAGCUGGAGGAGGCCCUACGCUUGCGCCGCCUCGAUACAUCGUUCCCUGUCAAUCGGCCGUUGCGCGCCUACAAACUUGCCGCAUCUCUGGUUGCUAGCGGCUCUUUCAUCGCCUCCCAAAAACCACAAAAAGCGCUCUUCUUUUUCGACGAGAGCGUGGAGGUACUGCGGCCGUUGCUCGACACCGACUUUUCGCUGUUGUUGCCACAUCUUGUUCUGCUUCAGCAAAAGCUAGGAACGUGUGUCCAGAGUCUGGGUCACGAUACCUCGGCUGUAAGAGUAUGCGAAGCCGUCGUAGCGUUAAGUCGGGAAUUGAUGGAGCUCCAUCCGCAAUGUGGCCAUGUUCUUGCGGCCGCUUUGCAUGAUUUGGCGUUCGGGUUUAAUAGGAUCCAAUCGGCGCAGGAGCCUCAUGCUGCCGAUGAAUGUGUGGGCCUUUAUCGCUCGUUGGCUGAUGAUGAUCCUCCUCGAUAUGCCCGAUCAUUGGCGGACGCGCUUCACAACUACUCCCGCCAUCUUCUCCUCACCAAUCAGAUUGAGCAAGCACAUGCUGCCUCUUUGGAAGAGCUACACCUCCGUCGCAAGUGGAAGGAAUCCGACGGACUUGAUGACUGUUUGGAGCAGCUGGCGCGAUGUCUGAUCGACAUGGGGAAAGUCGAUGCGGCUUUGGAGACCGCAGAUGAAGUGGUCCAAUUACGGCGGAGAACCAUUCAGGACGAAUCAAAACUCUCAGAUGCCCUGCAUGUCCAGAGUUAUUGUCUGGCUUUGGCGUCAGGAAGGACCAAUGAUGCGUUGAAUUUUGCUCGGCAGGCAGUGAGCACUCAACGCGGGCUGGCAAAUAGCCCAACUAAAUUAGCCAUCUUGCUCAUGAACUUGUCCGUGGGUCUUUCAGAAACCGGCAAUCAUGCCGAGUCCUUGCGGGCCGCUCAGGAAGCUGUCAAGAUUCGGGCCGAAGGCUGGGGUGAUGAUGCGGACUGUGCAUUAUCUCUCGGUCGCAUGGCAGUCUGUCUUCGGAAUGUCGGCCAACUUGAAGAAACUCUUGCCGUUGCAGACAAAUGUCUGGAACUUGUGGACACCCUUGUUAUCAACGAGAACAACCCACAAUGGGAAGCACCGCGAACGGAGGGCCAGUUGGCCGAGACUUUGUGUGCUCUCUCAUUCUGUUUUGCAGAUAGCCCUGGCCGGUCUGCUCUGGCACUUCAGGUUGCCUCCCAAUCAGCUUCACGAUUCCGAAAACUCCUUGCGAAAAGCCAUUCGAUGAUGCUGGAAACAUCGUUGCUCCGGGCUUUGGUUCAAUGGAGUUUGCUGCUUGUUCUCAAUGACCAGCAAGAUGCGGCUCUGCGUAUUGCUGUUGAAGCAGCACAGAUAGGAGCCGGGUCCGUUCCGAAAGAGCUUUACGCCCACAGUCUCCUUCAUUUGUCCACGUCUUUGUACGCCGUUGGGAAGGCCCAGCAGGCAUCGGCGCCAGCGCAGAAGGCUGUCGACAUUCUCCGGGAGCUAGUAGCGGAACAUUCAGACUCUUGGCACUUGAAGGAGCAACUUGUGGAUGCGCUUUUCAAUGCGUCUCUGUAUCCGUCACAUCCUCCGUCCUUUACCGCGCUGCAGGCGAUUAGGGAAGGUGUCGGACUACAUAAAGUACUCAAGGCACAUAUCCCUAAUCAGCGGUUCGAAAAGCGACUGGCAGAUGGAUUGCAGAAUCUGGCGGCACGGGCUCUGUUGGCUGGUGAAUAUGAUGAGGCUUUGUCGGCGAGUGAAGAGGCUGUUGGGAUGGCCCGAGGGCUUGCGAAUUCAAACCUCGUAAACGUGCUUUAUACGCAUGCGAAUGUGUUGUGCGAGCAGGGAAGGUACGACGAGGCGUAUAAGCUUGUGCAGGAAUGUGAUAGCAUGGAGGGUGAUUCCACCGUCGAGGCCGCAGCAGCAUAUAUGUCGUCACGUGCACGAUGUCUGCUUGGUUUGGCCAGACGUGCUGAAGGUGUGCGGGCCCUGAUGGAAGGUAUGCGACUGUAUCGCUCGGCGCUAGAAAGCCCGCUGCACAGGUCUAUGUUCGAGUCAUUCCCUUGGUUCCUCAAUAAUAUGUUUGCCUGCAUAUCGGCGCUGGGUCGUACGAAUGCUGAUGCGUUGAACGCAACAUCCGACCUCGUUGAACUGGCGCGUCUGUUGACGGAGAGCUGCUCCGGGGAUGUGGACCAUUACUUGAAGCUGGUGCUGGAAUACCAGGUCGGCAGUUUGACUGGACAUUAA